UUGAUUGGUUACUAAAUCAAUGAAAAGAUGAAUUUCUUUGGAUUAUAUUUUAGUAGUCACAGAAGCACAAGUAUGAAUGCUUCCACUUUGCGAUAUGGUUUCCAUAUCCUAUCUGGCCGUUUGAAGCACAAUUUGGCUCAUACAGUUUUGGCAAAGAAUGGUCGAGUGAGAAAAAUGUGCUCAAUAUCAAGCCUACAAACGGACGCAAUGAAGAAGUUUAACAUCGAUUACGCAAGUAUUUCAAAUGUUGCUGAAACUUCAGAUCCCCUUACAUUUAAGAAAAACAUUGAAAAUUACAUAGGCACUGUAAAAUUGCCAGUUGGUGUUGUCAAGGUGCUUGUAAAUGGUCGACAUGCCAAAGGAGUUUACACUGUUCCGAUGGCAACAACAGAGGCAGUGCUGGUGGCGUCUUAUAGUAGAGGAGCUAAGGUCAUUUCCGAGGCUGGAGGAGCUGAAGUCAUUGCCGUACACCAAGUAAUACCUCGGGCACCAGUUUUUGAACUUGAAUCUGUUGAAAAGGCACUUGAACUAAAAGAAUGGCUUGAAACUAACAGUGUAUUUACAACUUUAAAGGAAAUUGCUGAAAGUACAACUAACCACGGAAAACUGGUGAAGGUAAAGGCCCGGCUCCAUGGACCAUUCGUAUACACUCAAUUCUUUUUUACAACCGGCGAUGCAUGCGGUCAAAACAUGACGACAAUAGCGACCGAUGCAAUAUGUAAACACAUCAUUGACAUCUGUCCUUGUAAAAUUGUGAAUUGGCUUGUAGAGGGUUCUCUUUCUAAAGAUAAGCGAGCAUGUCACGACAGUUUGAAUGGCGAUCGUGGAGUUUACGUUACCGGAUCGGUCGUCCUUCCGAAAGAACUAGUUAGUGAUCGUCUCCAUACAACAGUUGAUCGCAUAAUGGAUCUGAACUACCACGUGACAAGUGGUAACGCUAUGUUAGGAAGCGUCGGCAUUCCAUAUCAACACGCAAACGCAUUAGCGGCAAUUUUUAUCGCUUGUGGCCAAGACCCAGCCUGUAUCGUCGAAUCUCAAGCGGCUAUAACAAACUACAGGAAAACUGAGACUGGAGACAUCCAACUAAUUUCGACACUGCCUGCAUUAAUGGUGGGAACAGUUGGCGGCGGAACCACUCUACCAAGCCAGAAAGAUUGUCUCAACCUUGUUGGAACUAGUGGUUCGGGUAAAUUGAUGGAAUUCGCUGAAGUUGUUAUAGCUACGUCCAUGGCAGGUGACCUAUCAAUCAGUGCUGCAAUAUCAUGCCACCAUUUUGCCAAGGCGCAUCACAAGUUUGCAAGAUAACGUUUCACCAACAGGGCUCUGAAGAUUAAACGAUGCGUUCGCAAACCGAACGUAUCGAUAUUUCAUCUCGUUUUAUUCUGCGUCAGCAAUCCCCAUAUACGCAAUUUACUUUUUCAAAGCAUUAUUCGUGGAAGAAAUUAAAAAGAAAAAUACUUCUGAUAAUGUUCAGGAAAUAUGAAAUAAAACAAAUGAGUUUUAGUAAGUUUUGAUUUCAACUUCCUCUGUGCUUCACAUUCCGAUUAUGUUUAGCACAAAAAAAUAAAUUUCAUAACUUACCUUUAAA